AUGUUGUUCGACCGUCGCCUCGUAGCCGGUCUGGCUGGCCUUGUAGCCGCCACCGGAGUCAAUGCCGCAUGCUCUUCUAAGCUAGUGAUCGACGACUUUACCACGUGGCUGGACGGUGUCAACAAUCUGGAUUCGCAGAAUGGAGACGAUGGGACCAUGACGGCCAUUGCUGCCGCUCCCGGCCAUGUUGACUUCAUCCCGAAGGAUGACGGUUCCUACUAUUACGAGUCCUUCGAAUGCAUACAAGCCAUUACCGAGGGCUACAACGCCAUCGAGUUCACCGUUCAGGGGCCCGCUGGAGGCUCGUUUGCUUUCGAGCUACAGACGACAGCAAGCUGCAGCACCAGCCAGGAAGGAAGCUACAACAGCUCCUGGAACAUUGUGACCGACUUGACCGGCCAGCGUCAGACGGUCACUCUGCCCCUUGAAGGAUGGGAAGACUCGCCAAACUACGACGGAAUCGUCGGCCUGGUGUGGUCAACCUUUUCUCAGACGGAUGUUGUAUGGUCGGUUGGAAACGUCACCCUCCUCUGCGGCGGUGGUGGUAGUGGGGAAUCCACUGCGCCGGGCUCAAGUAAGCAUCGACGACUAGUUCGGGGAGGCAAUUUCAAUGGACGGGCUAACGAGGCCCGGGCAGCGGCGCCGCCGACCAGAACAUCCAGCCUACCCACGACAUCCAGGGCCACUACGCUCCCGCCAACCGUCACGUCCAAGCCAGGCACCUGCUCGAACUUGCUGAUCGACGACUGGGAGUCCCAGUCACGCCUGACCUUCCUUGGCUACAACGCUAUGCUCCAGACUUCGAGCGACGACGCGACCAUGUCUUCGGUUGUCGUCAGUGAUAACAGGGUCAUGCUGACCCCGGUCGACGACGAUUCGUACUUUUACAGCCAGUUUGGCUGCCUCGACACCAAAGGCCAGUACGGCGGCAUAUCGUUUCCUAUCAGGGCAGCAAAAGGAACUAGCUUUUCCGUGACCGUGACGUACGCGACCACUUGCGGCUCCGGCAGGGACAAGGAGGUCACCCUGACGACCUCGCAGCUGAAGUGGACAUUUGAUGGCACCGAAAAGCUCUACUCCUUCCCCUUUUCCGCUUUUACUGGCGUCGACACCAGCAAACUCACCAUGGUCUACUUCGCCGAGUUCAGCGGUGCCGUCGUUUUUGGGCCUAUGUCCUUCUACUGUGGCACCACCGCGUCCGAGUAUACCAUCCCGGCAGGCCCCGCGACGUCGCCGCCGAUCACGCGCUCCACGACGUCGGCUCCCGCGCCGGCCAAGACGCUCUUGAUCGACGACUUUGCCAACUCCGAGACCAAUGCCCUGGGGCGAGUGGCACGGCGCCGACGAAGAAGGCCUGACGACUACCUUUGGAAACAAGUGCAACCCGGACAUCAAGCCGUACCCCGAAACCUGGACUCGCUCGAGGCGGCGCGCUACAGCACAGCCAGCGACAUCUACAUGCCCAUCAACCACUUCAACGUCAACCUCACCCGCAUCAUCGGCUUCGCCCUCAAGGGCUUCUACAGCACCCAGGACACCAAGAUCACCAAGAUGGAGAUCGUCGACUCCCUCCCCACAGGCUGGAAGGUCCCCACAAAACUCGCCUCCGGCAACCUCGUCUUCUCCUGCACGCGGCCCAACUCCUUCGCCGUAGCCAUCGACGACGGCGACCCGCAGUUCGCCGCGCGCGUCAUGGACAUCAUCAAGCAAGCCGACAUCCCGGUGACCUUCUUCACGGUAGGGCUGGCGCUGCUCGACACGACCAACGGCCUCGCCGACAUCUACAAGGGCAUGGCGGCGCAGGGCCACCAGAUCGCGCUGCACUCGUACACGCACCCCAAGAUGGAAGGGCUCCCCAGCGAGGCCGACAUCGACUGGGAGUACAACAACGACAUCGGCGCCGUGCGCCAGGUCUUUGGCAGCGACUCCGGGCCGGGCCACUCCAACUACUUCCGCCCGCCGUUCGGCACCGAGGGCGCGCGCAUGCGCCAGCGGUUGGCGGCCACGCUGGAUGACCCGUCGCCGUAUAUCGUGCAGUGGAGCAUUGAUAUCGAGGAUUGGAUCUGGGCCGAGAGUGAUACGCCCGAGAAGCAGCUCGAUGCGUUCAAGCGGGAUGUGGAGGCCGGUGGGAACUUGAUGGUGAUGCAUUACUUGUAUAACUCGACGGUGGAGCUGUUGCCCGAGUUUAUCAGGAUUGCGAAGGGGACGGGGAAGACGUUGAUGAGGGUUGAUCAGUGUUUGGAGGAUCCGAACGCGCCGCCUCUUUAG